AUGCAAAAGAUCAAAGUUGAGGUAGCUAAACACUUUAAAAAUAGAUUCUGUGAAGAGUGGAAAGUUCGACCUAAGCUCCAAGGUGUUUUCAAGACCAUUGGGCAUGAUAAUGAUUCUAAUGGGCUGGUUAUUCCUUUUUCAGAGGAGGAGAUUUGGAGAGCUAUUAGAGAGAGUGAUGGAAAUAAGGCACCAGGACCUGACGGUUUUAAUUUGUUUUGCUUUCAAAAGUGUUGGAAAGUUUUUAAAAAGGAUAUCUUGCAAUUCUUCAAGGAAUUUUAUGAUAAUGGAUGCUUAGCAAAAGGUAUUAAUAGCUCUUUCAUCACAUUGUUACCUAAGACUGAGAAUCCAGGUGGUGUUUCAGAUUAUAGACCAAUUAGCCUUAUUGGAUCUCUGUACAAAAUUUUGUCUAAGGUUCUAGCUUCUAGACUUAAGAAGGAUAAGUGGAUUAGGUGGAUGAAGGUGUGUAUACAAUCAGUUAGAGUUUCAGUUCUUGUCAAUGGUUCCCCGACUAAUGAAUUCUGUCUAGAAAAAAGACUCAGGCAAGGGGAUCCGUUGUCUCCCUUUCUUUUUAAUAUGGUGGCUGAGGGUUUGAAUAUAUUAUUCCAAAGAGCUAAAGCAUUGGACUUAAUCAAAGGUGCUGUGAUUGGCCUAAGGGAGGUUAAUGUCACCCAUUUGCAAUUUGCGGAUGAUACAAUUGUGUUUUGUGAGGCCGAAGAGAACGACAUUUUAAGCGUUAAGAGAAUCUUGAGGUGUUUUGAAGUGCUCUCUGGAUUGAAGAUUAAUUUUCAUAAGAGUACAGUUUGCGGAGUAGGUGUACAGGAGGCAGAGAAAUUCUUCACUGUGGAUAUGAUGCGAACUUCGGCUUCAACAAUUAAAGUAUCCUUUACAAGGAAGCCCUUAGAAGCAUCAUGGAGAUCAGUUAACGACAAGAAUGAAGGUCUACCCCAUGAGGUGGAGCCUGAAGUAAAACAUUUGGAACCUGCAAGAGAAUUGGCAAUUGUUAUUUAA